GCAUGCGUGUCAGUGGCGUUUGCAGCGGACCGGGCUGGCAGUUCCUUCCUCGGAAGGAAAGAUUCCUCUGCCAUGGAGUCCUACGAUGUGAUCGCCAACCAGCCUGUUGUGAUCGACAAUGGAUCCGGCGUGAUUAAAGCUGGUUUUGCUGGUGAUCAGAUCCCCAAAUACUGCUUUCCAAACUAUGUGGGCAGACCCAAGCAUGUCCGUGUCAUGGCAGGAGCCCUCGAAGGUGACAUCUUCAUUGGCCCCAAAGCUGAGGAGCACCGAGGGCUGCUGUCAAUCCGCUACCCCAUGGAACAUGGCAUCGUCAAGGACUGGAAUGACAUGGAGCGCAUCUGGCAGUAUGUCUAUUCUAAGGACCAGCUGCAGACCUUCUCAGAGGAGCAUCCUGUGCUCCUGACUGAGGCGCCUUUAAACCCUCGGAAAAACCGGGAACGAGCUGCAGAAGUUUUCUUCGAGACCUUCAACGUGCCAGCUCUCUUCAUCUCCAUGCAAGCUGUGCUUAGCCUUUAUGCCACAGGCAGAACCACGGGCGUGGUGUUGGAUUCUGGGGAUGGUGUCACCCAUGCAGUCCCGAUUUAUGAAGGCUUCGCCAUGCCUCACUCCAUCAUGCGCAUCGACAUUGCUGGCCGAGACGUCUCCCGCUUCCUCCGCCUCUACCUACGUAAGGAGGGCUAUGAUUUCCACUCCUCCUCCGAGUUUGAGAUUGUCAAGGCCAUAAAGGAAAGAGCCUGCUACCUGUCCAUAAACCCCCAGAAGGAUGAGACACUGGAAACCGAGAAGGCCCAGUACUACCUGCCCGAUGGCAGCACCAUUGAGAUCGGCCCUUCCAGGUUCCGGGCCCCUGAGCUGCUGUUCAGGCCAGACUUGAUUGGCGAGGAGAGUGAGGGUAUCCAUGAGGUCCUGGUGUUUGCCAUCCAGAAGUCUGACAUGGACUUACGGCGUACGCUUUUUUCCAACAUCGUCCUCUCAGGAGGUUCUACCCUGUUCAAAGGUUUUGGUGACAGGCUACUGAGUGAAGUGAAGAAACUAGCUCCGAAAGACGUGAAGAUCAGGAUAUCUGCACCCCAGGAGAGGCUGUACUCCACGUGGAUUGGAGGCUCUAUCCUUGCUUCCCUGGACACCUUUAAGAAGAUGUGGGUCUCCAAGAAGGAGUACGAAGAAGACGGUGCCCGAUCCAUCCACAGGAAAACCUUCUAAUGCUGAGACACCACCUUCACCUCUCUCUGAAGUUAACUCCACUUGAAAACUCGCUUUCUGGA